GACCUUGGACGAGGAAGAAUUAAGACAACUUCGCGCCGAACGCAGAGCCCGUGCUCUCGCAGCAUCGAGAGCAACAGCAAACGCCGCAGCUAGGGAACAGGCUGCCGCAGCAGCUAGGGCAGCAGCCAUGACUAGCUCAGCAGCAUCCUCUGCGGCUUUCUCAGGGACUAAUGGGAUGAGUGUGGGAAUGCCAACUAGUUCCACGAGUUCCUCGGGCACUUCCGGGUCUACAGGUUCUAGAGGAUCUUUUAGUCAAAUGGCAGGCUCGCAGUUCAGCCCCAUGACCGCACGAGAGCGGGAGCUCAGAGAGAUCCAACAGGUCGAGAGUCUCCGCCAACAGUUGGAGGAGGAUCUGAAGAAAGCAACCGAUAGAGAAAAAGAGAUAAAAAGUAGAGCAGCCAGACUUGAUACGUUAGAGGCUGACAAGGCUGCGUUAGAGGGAUUGGACGAAUCAAGUUUAUCUGACCCCCUGAAAGUGUUGAGGGACAACAUGUUGUCACUGCAUGCGCAUGUGGACAGCAGGAUGGACUUCAUGCAAAGCACUUUGGACCAGAUCCUGGAUGCAUUGACAAAGCCAGGAUUCCGGCCACCAGCACAAUCGCCAUUGCCGUUAACGGCGAURUCAGGCCCCUUUGCCGUACAAGCUGGCACACAGCCAAGUGGUACGUCUGCAGCAGCAACACAGACUGUUGCAUCUUCUUCUUCGGGUCUAGUGGUGAUUGCUACAUCACCACAACAACCUGUUCAACAAUCUGGACAGCAACAAGGUCAAUGGUACCUCAAGACCCCAAUGAAACCGCCUCUUGCCUUCUCAGGCGAGAGAAAGGACGAGGAACUCAACACAUGGUUGAGGACGGUCCCGGUUUGGGUGAAGGCCAAAAGGACCUUGCCAGAGGAUGAGGUGGUAACUGCGGCAUCUUACCUAGAGGGUAAAGCAACCAAAUGGUUAGAUGGGGUAGUUGUGAAAGCCGAGUACGGGCGACGCAUGGCAGAUUGGGCUAAGUCUUUGACUCUAGACCAAUUCAUGGAGAUGGUAGAAGCUCGAUGGCAUAACCCACAGGAGGCUCAAAGGGCCACUGAUGCCAUUAAACAAACUUGACCAACGCAAGUUCAG